AUGUCGAUCCAGAUGGCGGCGGCUGCUGCGGCGGCGGACGCGCAGAAUCGGCCCUCGAGAAUACCGAACCUGGCUCGAGCCGCGGCGCCCAUGAUGGCCGUGCCGCAUCAGCCAAUCGUCGUGGACCGCGAGAAGGUGCGCGCGCCAGUGUUGACUGUCAUUGGGUGGGGGAAAGGAGCGCGCUUCGGUGUUGCCUGUUUCUGGACGUGUCCGCUGCUGCUACGAGUGUUUCACAAGCACGGGGGGCAUCACGAUUUGGACGCAUUCGCAACAAGAGGUCAGGAGCCCAAGGAGGAGGUGCAGAUGUACACGUGGAAGGAUGCCACCCUGAGAGAACUGACGGAUUUGCUGAAGGAGGUGGUUCCAGAGGCUCGUCGGAGGGAUGCUCGGUUAUCGUUCGCGUUUGUGUAUCCAAAUAGGCAAGGGAGGAAUGUCAUGAAACAGGCCGGAAUCACCAACUCAAUGACCCGCAGACCAACACCGGAUGACAACAGGACGCUGCACGAGCUGGGGUUUCAGACGGGUGAUUUCCUAGAUGUCGCGAUUUUCACGUGA